CUUUCCUCCAAACGCGGAAGUAAAAGUCAAAACAUUCAGGUGUACGCAAUUCCGGGUCGUCUUCCUCCUAUGACCAAUGCUUUAAUCUUAUUCUCUAAACAUCAUUUGACUAUGACGAAGUUGGAGCAAAUACUUUCCAUAAUCAAGAACAGUGUCUCGAUGGUGAUUAUUGUGUUUGUGAGAGAUGAGAUAUGUUCAUCUUUAAUCAGUCUGGAUGUAAGACAAAGUUCGAUCGAAUGAUUGUAUAUCACAUAUGACCGUGUCUUAUCAUAUCAUCUUGUGACCAGCCAUCAGAUUUGUGGUUUGAACGACUUUUUCUUGGGCAUCAUUCCUACAGCCGUGGCGGACAGAGCGAGCAUCAUGGUGUUUAGGUGUAUAGUUCUGUUACUACUGGCGUUUGUCUGUGCCCAUGGCGGCGUGUUAGAGGACUACGUGAACAGGUACGACCCCCACUAUACGUAUGAGGUGCUGAAAGACCACACAUACAGGGGACCUGACUACACCCUGUAUGUUCUCAACAUGACUUCACAGAAAUGGAAAGAUGAGACCGUGGUUACCAACCCCAUCUGGUGGCACUACCUGACUAUAACCGUUCCUGACAAGCUGGUAUUCAAAGACUCGGCGUUCAUUUUUAUCGAUGGCGGCUCCAACCAUGCCGGCCCUCCCAGUGUGAAGGACAACUUUGUUUCUCUGACCACCAUGAUGGCUGUCAGUACAGGCUGUAUUGGGGCAGAUCUGAAAAUGAUUCCAAAUCAACCUACAACCUUUUUGGCUGACCCCACCCACAAAGCCCGAUCAGAGGACGCGGUGAUAGCGUGGACAUGGAAGACCUUUGUGCAGGUCAACUCCUCCGACCCGGAACUCCUACUCCGCUUCCCUAUGACCAAGGCCACUGUGAGAGGGAUGGACACCAUUGCCAACUUUUCUAAAAGUUUACAGGAGAUUAACAUUGACAAGUUUUAUGUUGCCGGAGCUUCCAAGCGUGGGUGGACGACGUGGACUACAGCAGCCGUGGACCCCCGCGUCAAGGGAAUCAGUCCAAUCGUCAUGGAUCUUCUCCAUAUGGUUAAAAAUCUUCACCAUCACUUCCGAGCCUAUGGAGGAUGGACGUUUGCGUUCAAAGACUACUAUGAACUGAACUUCACAGAGUCGUUAGAUCAUCCCAACACCCAAAAGAUGGCCGACAUUAUUGACCCUAUUUCGUACAACGACAAGCUGACAAUGCCAAAGCUGAUCAUCAGUACAGGCGGGGACGAGUUCUUCCUCCCCGACGACUCCCACUACUACUACAACGACCUCAAUGGACCAAAAUACCUCAGAAUAUUACCGAACGCUGAACAUAGCUGUGCCGGACAUGAGAUAAGCUUGUUGUUCACCAUGCGAGCUUUCUUCCUAUCAAUUAUGUCGGCGUCUCCACUACCGAAGUUUUCCUGGGUUAGAGAAUUGACCGCCAACGGAGGUAAAAUAACUGUGACCACAGAGACCGAGCCACUGACUGUGACGUCAUACUGGGCCAAGACUAUAGGCGGAGAAAGGCGUGACUUCCGUCUGCUGGUGGGCACUCCCGGCAACCCCGACAAACCCUUCCCCCACCCCGUCAUCUGGCACAGUCAGGCAACAGAAUAUGUUGGUAACAACACGUAUGUGGCGGAGUUUGAAAACCCUGACGAGGGAUGGAGAGCCUUCUUUAUACAGCUGACGUUCCGUGGUGUCAAGGACUCGGUGCUGGAGUUCACGACGGAGAGCCAGAUCAUCCCUGAUGUCUUCCCCUUCCCUGACUGCAGUGGAGAAAGUUGCACAGGGACGCUUGUCUGACCAGUGAUGUGUUAAUAUUUGUUCAGUUUGUUGUUUAACGCCACAGUCAGCAUUAUUUCAGCUAUUUCAAGGCGACCUGUAAACAUUGAAGAGUACAAACCAGUGACUGAGAGCAUGUGCAAAGAUCCAUGACAUUGGGGUAUGGUGACCGGCAUCAAUCAACGAACCUGACCACCAGUUACAUUUAGUCAGCUUUUACAAGCACGGCUUUACAGGGACUUAUUCUAACUCCAAAUCCCCAGGUGGUGAUGUAUCCAUGCCAUUAUUGUAUUGUUGACAAGACUAGGAGUUUAUUUCCUGGGGUGUUCCAACCACAUGACUACCACACUCUUAAAUUAGUGAUCCUAUUCUUAAAAAAAAUGUAAUUAUUUUGUUAAAAUAAAAGUGUUGGGAAAUGGUUA